AUUACAUUAAAAUAAUCAUGGACAAACGUGCUUCGACAGAUCUAAUAAAUACCGAAAUGUAUGUAAUUUCACCCUCUAAAAAUGUAAGUUCAGACUCAUUAGAUUCUGAUUCAAAGUCUAGUUCUUUAAAUUCAAAGCAUAACAAUGAAUUGGCUGAAGAUGCAAUCCCAUUAAUUUCUGGUGAAAUGGUAGUCAGUUCAUCAAAAGAUGUUACUUAUCUAUGUCCAUAUAGUGGGCCAGCUCGAGGAACGCUCUCUGUCACUAAUUAUAAAUUAUACUUUAAAGCAGCUGAGAGGGAACAUUAUAUACUAGAUGUACCUUUGGGCGUGGUAUCAAGAAUUGAAAAAGUUGGUGGAGCUAGUUCUCGUGGUGAGAACAGUUAUGGCAUUGAAGUAUUUUGCAAAGAUAUGAGAAAUUUAAGAUUUGCUCAUAAACAAGAAUUACAUUCAAGAAGAAGUAUUUUUGAACGAUUACAACAAUAUGCAUUCCCUUUAUCACACAAAACAUCACUAUUUGCUUUUACAUACAAGGAACAAUUUAAAGAAAAUGGUUGGAACGUUUAUGAACCUAUAGCAGAACUUAAAAGAAUGGGUAUUGGCAAUAGUGAUUCUUGGAGAAUAACUAAAGUUAAUGAUAAAUAUGAGAUUUGUGAUAGUUAUCCUUCUGUUUGGGCUGUUCCUGUUUCAUGUACUGAUGAUGAUCUUCGAGCUGUUGCAGCCUUCAGGAGUAGAGGACGACUGCCAGUUCUUUCAUGGAUUCAUCCCAUUUCACAAGCGAGCAUUACUAGAUGUUCACAACCACUUGUUGGAGUCAGUGGUAAACGAAGUGCAGAUGAUGAGACAUAUGUCAGGACACUUAUGGAAAUAAAUUUACAAUCUCACAAAUUAUCAAUCAUUGACGCAAGACCGAUGGCUAAUGCAAUUGCAAAUAAAGCUAAGGGUGGCGGUUAUGAAAAUGAAGAUGCAUAUAUACAUGCUGACUUGGUUUUUCUUGAUGUCCAUAAUAUCCAUGUAAUGAGAGAAUCUCUGAGAAAAUUAAAAGAACUUUGUUUCCCAGGCAUUGAUGAAACAAAAUGGUUAUCCAAUUUAGAACAAUGCUAUUGGUUAAAACAUUUGAAAGGAAUUAUUGCUGGUGCUGUCAGAAUUGUGGAUAAAAUAGAAAACCAUCGGAGUUCAGUUAUGGUGCAUUGUUCAGAUGGUUGGGAUCGAACAGCACAGCUUACAGCUCUUUCCAUGCUACUUUUAGAUCCAUACUAUCGCACUAUGCGUGGUUUCCAAGUUCUUAUUGAGAAAGAGUGGCUGUCAUUUGGUCAUAAAUUUCAACAGCGUGUUGGACAUGGUGAUGACCAUCAUAGUGAUGCUGAUCGUUCCCCAGUAUUCCUGCAAUUUAUGGAUUGUGUAUGGCAAGUUGGUCAACAAUUUCCAACUGCAUUACAAUUCAAUGAACAUUUCAUGAUUACUGUUAUUGAUCAUUUGUAUUCAUGUCGUUUUGGAACCUUUCUGUGUAAUACGGAAAGAGAACGCGUCAAAGAAGAUGUUAAGAAUCGUACAGUAUCAUUAUGGUCAUAUACAAAUAGCUGUAAUCCAGAGCAAUAUAUAAAUCCAUUAUACAAUGAUUCUGGGCCCACUGUUCUACUUCCAGUUGCCUCCAUUCGUGUUAUAAAGUUAUGGAAAGGAUUAUAUUGUCGCUGGAAUCCUAGUAUGAGACCUCAGGACCCAGUUUACCAAAGAAGUAGAGAAUUAUUGGCUUUAAGAGAACAACUUGAAAGACAAUUAGAAUGCAGUAAAGAAUUAAGAGCAAAGGGAAGUAAUGCUACACAUAGUCGAGUUACUUCUUCACCAUUACACUAAG